AUGCCGAACGGGAAGAAAGUGCGGGCGCCUGCGCAGCCACGCAGAGAUGUGCUGGCUUCUUUGCGCAUGGCGUCCAUGGAGGAAAUAGCGCGAGCUUCGCUUCCUGCUGAAAUCAUGUCGUUGGUCCUUGAUUAUCUUAGCCCCACUGACCUAAUCUGUGUCGCGCGGUCCAGCAAGUUGCUUCACGAAAUGGCAUAUGAUGAUACGCGAUGGGUACAGCGAUUGAAACGAAUUGGCUGCUGGGACGAGGCGGACGCCCGAAAGCAUAUCGAGAAGACUUACGGCACCAUCGCAAAUGUGGAUGAUAUUGAACGAGAUGCGGCCGGCAUUUCAAAUGAUAUGGGCCCUGUGAUCUCAGUUGGGGAGACUUCAGCAGCCUCGGAUAUGAAUGCUAUUUCAGACGGGUUCGACAAAAUUGAGUUAAUCAGCACGGCCGCUGCGUCGGAGAUAAAGGCUGUCACAGAAAUCGAGGACGAUCCGGAUCUGGUAGUCUUGGAACAGGCUCGGUCGAUUCGAGGCGAAGCGCGUCAAGAAUAUGGAAAGAUCCAUGCUGCACUGGCACCUUUCUACUAUGACAUUGCGAGAAAGGGGCCCUCGACUGAGAAUCUUGUCUUCACAAGUUAUAAAGACCCACAAGCACAAGCUCAAAUCUUGUCACAGUUGGUGGCAUUCGCGAAGUCCGACAUGACUGAUGGGUGGGAAGACCGGGUGGAACGCUUAGACAACACAGUGUCCAUGUUUGAAACAGCCUCAAUCAACGAAUUUCGGAAAGGAUAUGAGACCGAUGACAUUGAAGGCAGUAUGCGCAAGUACGCUCACAUUCUUUGGACGCUCAAUGGGGGCCAGGCUGCUGUGGAGCUCUUUAUCCAUCACAAUCACUUGAUGACACGGAAAUCUGAACUUGGUAGCGUGGUGACCAUCAUAAACCGCGCUUUUCCUUCUGAACUUGAUGUGGCGUCUCCAUUCAUGGAAAAGAUCGGAAAGGACAUUCUCUACCCAUUUCUGUCGGCAAUCUUUGACGAGCUCCACCGCAUCAACAUUGAAUCUUACCUUACUGCGAUAUCGGUGACGUUUGUACAGUGCAUGAAUCUGUCCGAAUCUCUGCUCCCCAUUCGGAACUCUGGCGAAAAGUUCGACCAGUACCUAGAUUCGGUUGUGAUCAAGAUUUACGAGCCCCAUAUUGACCUCUAUUUGGCCGAAGAGCUUGACUUUUUCGGAAAAACUCGGCAGCAACAGUUGAUGAUUGGGACCGCCAACUUUCAGAGCAAGCUGCCUCCACCGAACUUUCUCACAUCAUUCAAGAAGGUGAUCAUGAUGCCUGUCAACAUUCUACCCAGUUUCUCUAGCAACAAGGGGAACGAGGAAUCGAAGUCCGAUUCAGAGGCAGAUGGUAAUGGCCCUAAUCCCAAGGUCCCGAAUCGUUUCUCUACAAUAUCGUCACCAGCACCACCAACGUUGGAGGAAGCCCCGACGACCGAGCUAGCCGCCAAGGCAGCGAUUAUGAAAACAAAGAUGGAGGGCAUUCGCUCUUUGUUCAGCAUCGAGAUUGCGCUGAACCUCGUUCAUUCCGCCAAGUCUAGUUUGGAGAGAGCUGCGCAAUUUGUGCGACUUGGGGGUGAGUAUGGCAGAGCCGCAAAGCACCAAUGCGAGGCAAUCUUUGUGGCAUUGCUUCGGAUCCUGGGAGAUCGUCAUGUUAUAGUUGGCUUUGAUAAAGCAGUGGAUCAUCUGUCUAAUUACCGGCCACGUGAACAAGACGACCGCGACUCGUCAGGUGUGGAACCUCUAGUGACAUUCUUGGAGUUGGUCAACGUGGGCGAUCUGAUCUUACAGAUGGUGGAUGUGUUUUAUGAACAGGAGCUUGUCGGCACGAAACUGACUGAUCGCCAUGAUUUCCUUGAUCCGGCAGUUAAGGAGAAAAAGAAGUUUGAGCAGAUGCUGGACGAGCGAGUCGCAGCAGGUUUGAACAAGGGCAUUGAUGUUCUGAUGGAGGAAGUCGAUUACAUCCUUGCCACACGCCAGCUGGCCACUGAUUUCAACCCAGGAGUCUCGACAGACCCUCAUCGACAGACGAUGGAUGUUGGUAUCAGUGAAGCCGCGGCGGCAGUAGUGGAUGUGGUGUCUUCGCACACCCGGAUGCUUGUCGGAAGCACCGACAAGAGCACGCUGGAUGUGUUCAACCAAGAAGUUGGUCUCCGUCUCUUUGGCGCCUUAUGUAAACACCUCAAGCGACAGCGAAUCAGCGUGGAAGGGUCCUUGAAGUUGAUCAGCGAUAUGAAUCACUAUUUCCAAUUCACCCAGAAGCUCAGAAACGCUGAGCUACUCGUCUACUUCACUGCUCUCCGUGAACUAGCUCAGAUUUAUCUGAUUGACUCGUCCGAUGCCAAGGAAAUGGCAACAAUUAUCGCCGAUGCCGACCGCUUCCAUGGAAUCUGGAGCGUGGAAGAAGUGUAUGAAUUUGCCGAGCGCCGAGUCGACUGGUACCAGGUGAAACGCGAUGUGGAACGAGCCAUGUACGGCAUUGGUUGUAGCGUGAUGUAA